UGCAAAGAUGUAGCAGCGGUGAAACAACAUGCAGGUUAAGGGAUUAUAUAGCACUUUCCGCGGAACUGAAAACCGGGCCAGAACUAGAUACAAUCAAUAGUUCAAGCAGUCGAUCAAUCAGCAAGGAUGGCAAUCGUGCAAUGAUGCCCACACCCGGACUCCUGAAAAAAGCAAACCUGGCAGGCCGGUCGCAUCCGCCGGGAUCCCAAGGCAAGGAUAGUUGCAGGACCCUUCAAUCUGGGACUUUGUGUCGACGCUUUUCCAAUAAUUCCGAAUGCGGAUUGUCGGGCGAGGCCCUAGAUCAUCAUGACACGAUAGCAGUAGCAGACGCGUUGUCGCAUGAGUCACGCCGCAUGGGGUAGAGGUUGAAGAUAGUCCAGCCGUAUCUUCUCCGGCUAUUCUCCUUAGACUUUGGCUUUCUUGGUUCGGCUGACGAACCUCCUCCCAUUACGGGACGUCUAAUCUAUCUGUGGCAAUGGCUUUCAAUAGCCUGGGGUCAGUUUCGCACGGGCUUUGCUCCCCCUCCUCCCGAUGAAAGUUCAAUGAAUCCUGGCGCAUAUGCAGAACUUUGUCGUAAUCCGGACUGCUCCGCCCAUUGUUGAAGGCACACUCAGUAAUAGAUUUUCUCGCUAGAUAAAUGCGCAGUACCACUGGGCUGGGGCAUCCCG